GGGAAACUUUUUACGGGGGCGGCGAAUCCCUCCCGGGUUAUCAGUUUAAUCGCCUUCCGUUUUUUUGACCAUCUACUUUCUUAUCUUACCGUUUGCCUUUUCUGUUACCUCGCAGUUAAAUAUACUCCCGCCAUGGCCCCAAAUCUCCUCCUUGUGAACCCCUCGAAAGAAACCCUAGGCCCCCCCCUCCCCAUUUCCUGUCCCCAUUCUACCUAGGGUUUUGGAGUUCUGAUCUCCAAUGGCUGACGAGACCCCCUUGCGGAGGUCGCCAAGGGCCGUCAAAUCCGUCAGACCCUGCUUCCAUUCCGGCCCCAGCGGCUGCGAUCGCAACGCAGCCUCCACCCAUCGUGCCGCUAUCAAGAAUGGCGCCGCCAAUCCCUCGCUGAGGACCUUUAGAUCCUCGAAAUCCGGCGUGGAUUCUUUCCGGACCAAUGGGCGUUCCUUGGAUUCGGUGGCGGCUGCCAGCAAUGGCUUGAGGCGGUCGCCGAGGUUCUUUAGCUCCCCGGGUUGCCGUUCCGGUUUCACUGCGAGCAAUGGGAGUCAAAAGGGCCCAUUUUUAGCUCAGUGGGUGGUCGAUAAUGGCGGUUUGAGGCGGUCUCCGAGGACCUCCGAAGCAGAGAGUACCAGAUCGAACGUUGUAGCAGGCAAUGGUGCUUGUAAGGCUCCUGCUGCUAAUGGAGUGAUGGUCGGGAUUGGCGUUUUGAGGCGCUCCCCUCUAUCGGUGGGUGAAGAUGGGAAAUCGUCUAAACCAAAAGAUUCUCUGAAGUCUAAAAGGCUUGAGAAUGGGAAAUCCCCAGAGCAAAAUGGUUCGCCACCAACUAAAAAGCUAAAAGUCUGGUCAGAUAAUGGCUCAGUGCCUCCUCAAAUGGCAAGAGCGUCUUCUGUCUUGAAGAAUGUUAACGAGAUCUGCUUCUUUGUCGGGGACCCUGUGCCUGAUGAGGAGGCCAGGCAGAGGUGGCCUCACCAUUAUGUAGACAAGGGUAAAAUAGGGAAGUGUCUGAGCAGAAAUGGAAACUCUGAGGAUGAAGAUGAAAUCAUCUUAGAUGUUAAAUGCCAUUACUUGCAAGCUAGUAUAUGUGGGUGCAUUCUUGAUAUCGGGGAUUGCACAUAUGUGAAGGGUGAAAAGGGAAAGCCAAAUUAUGUUGGCAGGAUCUUGGAGUUCUUUGAGACAAUAAGAGGGGAAUAUUACUUCACAGUACAGUGGUUUUUUAGAGCUGAAGAUACUAUUAUGAAAGUACAAGGGGCAUCCCAUGACAAGAAGAGGCUGUUUUAUUCUGAUUUAAAGAAUGACAAUCCACUAGACUGCAUUGUGUCCAAAGUCAGAGUUGCACAAGUUCCACCCUGCGUGGACUUCCAGUCUAAACCUAUUCCUUCAUGCUACUUUUAUUAUGACAUGAAAUACUCUGUGGAUUAUUCUACAUUCUAUACAAUGGAAAAUGAUGAUUCAGAGGACAAAUCAAUUGUAAAUCAAAAGUAUAGCAGUUGUGCAUCUGAAAAGACUGAGCUGGCUUUGUUAGAUCUAUAUUCUGGUUGUGGUGGAAUGUCAACUGGGCUUUGCAUGGGAGCUCAUGUUGCUGGCGUGAACCUUGCAACGAGAUGGGCUGUUGAUGUCAGUGUAGCUUCAUGUGAAAGUUUAAAACUAAACCAUCCAGAAACUCAAGUCAGGAAUGAGGCUGUCAAUGAUUUUUUUGACUUACUAAAGGAAUGGGAGAAGCUUUGCAAACGUUAUGGGGUUAAUACUGGUAAAAUGAAAGAUAGUACUUCCUGGAAAUCAAAUGUAAAAGAUUCUAGAAAAGAGGCUCAAAGUUAUUCUGCAAUCCCAGCUGGAGAAUAUGAGGUGUUGAGACUAGUUGACAUCUGUUAUGGUGAUCCCACUAAUGUGGGAAAGCGUGGAUUAAAAUUUAAGGUUCGCUGGAAGGGUUAUAGCCCUAGUCAUGAUACUUGGGAGCCAAUUGAAGGAUUAAGCAAUUGUGAAGAGAGAAUACGGGAUUUUGUAAUAGAAGGGUUCAAGUCAAAGAUAUUGCCACUUCCUGGCGAUGUAGAUGUUGUAUGUGGUGGCCCUCCAUGUCAAGGUAUUAGUGGCUAUAAUCGGUUUAGAAACUUCGAUGCACCGUUAAAUGAUGAGAGGAAUCGACAAAUAGUUGUCUUCAUGGACAUUGUACAAUAUUUAAAGCCUAAAUAUGUCCUAAUGGAAAAUGUUGUUGAUAUAUUAAAAUUUGCCAAAGCUACACUUGCCCGAUAUGCUUUUAGCCGCUUAGUUUGUAUGAACUACCAAGCAAGACUAGGAAUCAUGGCUGCCGGUUGUUAUGGCCUUCCACAAUUUCGAUUGCGAGCUUUCUUAUGGGGAUGUCAUCCUUGUGAGAAACUACCACCAUUCCCACUACCUACACAUGAAGUGAUUUUGAAGGGCGGCGCUCCACUAGAAUUUGAGCGUAAUGUUGUUGGGUAUGAUGAAGAUCAACCACGAGCAUUGGAGAAAGCCCUUGUUCUGGAAGAUGUUCUUUCUGAUCUUCCAGCAGUGACAAAUAAGGAAGUCCAUGAUCAGAUGCAAUAUGGAAAAGGUCCUCAAACAGAAUUCCAAAGAUAUAUUCGGUCACCAAAGUUUGAGACAUCAGGAUUGACAGCUAAUGGUAUAAAAAAUUCUCGAUGUAUGUUGUAUGAUCAUCGCCCUCUCCCUCUAAGCGAGGAUGAUUACUUACGAGUUUGUCAAAUUCCACGGCAAAAGGGGGCAAAUUUUAGGGACCUCCCUGGCAUCAUUAUUGGCUGUGACAAUACCGUUCAGUUUGACCCAAUAGUGGAACGGAUACUAUUACCAUCUGGAAAGCCACUGGUUCCAGAUUAUGCCAUGAACUAUUGGAAUGGAAAGUCAUUAAGACCUUUUGCUCGAUUAUGGUGGGAUGAGAUAGUGCCAACUGUUCUGACCAUACCUGAUGCUCACAGCCAGGCUAUAUUACACCCUGAGCAAGAUCGAGUUCUCACUGUUCGAGAAUGUGCAAGGUUGCAAGGCUUUCCUGAUUACUAUAGAUUCUGUGGGACAGUGAGGGAAAGAUAUCGCCAAAUUGGCAAUGCUGUCGCUGUUCCAGUUGGUCGAGCUUUAGGAUAUGCGAUGGCGUUGGCUUGGCUGAAGAAAAGUGGUGAUGAACCCCUCAUGACUCUCCCACCCAACUUCUCACUCUUGCACAAACUUCAGAAUCUCUCUAGCCCACCUUUGAAAAUAACAUAGCAAUCACCUCUCCUCACUGUUUUCUUUCUUUUUUUUUCCUAUCCCAUAACUUCAACUUUUCUCCAUAAUAACCGAGGGGACAUUAUUUUUCUUACAGUUCCUCAUUUGCCUUUCUACCUCUUUGACCCAUUUUUCCUAUCAACAUUGUCAGCAAAUGCCAAUUGUGAGUUAUUUGAUAGAAAUAAAAGAUGGAAAUGCAUCUCCCUCUGAGCUCCAUCUUUUCUACAUGAUUUUUUGACUCUGCUAUAUGAAGCACUUAAAACAUUGAGAAAAUUUGCUCCCAUGUGCUCUCACCCUGAACUUUUCCUUCAUCAAUUCCUAUUCAUUAGUGGAGCUCAUCAUCUGCACCAGCUAAAAUCACAAACUCUUGGACUAGCCAUGCUGAACUGUCCAUCAUUGUAGAUUUUGUGGAUUGCCCUUGAUUCCAAUAGUGGUAUGCUAGUUGAUCAGCUUUCAGCAGUGAAUACACUAAUUCUUGAAAAGACUCCAAAAUGAAGUUGAGGGGAAUUGUGGUGUCUGAUGAAGAGAACUUUCUUCAGAUCCUUCCAUUCAAUUUUCCAUUUGAUUUAAAAUUAUUUAUUUAGAAGUAUGGGCAGAUGGUGAAGAUGUGAAAAAACAACUUGUAAGGCAAUAUUAAAGCAAUUAUUUGUGAUUUUGGUUGCUCAAUGAAUAAUCUGGAGGUUGACCAGAUUGUUUUGUUCAAGGACUGCAAUUUCGAUGUCAGGUACCGUAGCAGUAUGUUUCCGAUUUAGUAUGAUAUGGAUCAGUAUAGUACGAUAUAUAUAUCCAUGUACACAAAUAGCUCUCUA